AUGGCUGUCAAGAUCUGGAUUCUCACUGUUCUCAGUGCUCUCGCUUUAGCCAUUCCUCUUGAUGGUCCAAUUGAAGAGCGUCAAUCCUGUGCUGCACUUUACGGUCAAUGUGGUGGAACAGGAUGGUCAGGGGCGACUUGCUGUGCAUCAGGCACAUGUGUUCUAAGUAAUGAAUACUAUUCUCAGUGCUUGCCAUCAUCUGGAACAACCACGGCCGGAACAACGAGAUCGACAACCACUUCCGCUGCCACAUCGACAAAGACCUCUACCACGACGUCCAAGGCUACGACCAGUGCAAGCUCGGCUUCUACAAAGACAACGACAGCUCCAGUCGGGAGUGGGACUGCUACAUGGAGUGGUAACCCAUUUUCAGGGGUUGCUCAGUGGGCAAAUAAUUACUACGCAUCCGAGGUCACAGCAUAUGCUGUACCAACUCUUGGCGCCAAAGCUGCGGCCGUUGCAGAUGUGCCCAGCUUCAUGUGGCUUGAUACCCUUUCUAAAACCGACUUGAUGGAAGAUACACUGGCUGAUAUCCGUACUGCCAACCAGGCUGGCGCGAGUCCAGCCAACGCCGGUAUUUUCGUCGUCUAUGAUCUUCCCGACCGCGACUGUGCAGCGGCAGCUUCGAAUGGUGAAUACUCUAUCGCCAACAAUGGGGUGGCCAACUACAAGAACUAUAUCGAUACAAUCGUUGCCAUUGUCAAGAAAUACUCGGAUGUUCGGAUUCUACUCGUUAUUGAACCCGAUAGUCUAGCCAACUUGGUCACAAACUUGAGCGUAUCCAAGUGUUCCAAUGCUCAGAGUGCCUACCUGGAAUGCAUCAACUAUGCCCUAACAAACUUGAAUCUUCCAAACGUUGCCAUGUAUCUCGAUGCUGGCCACGCAGGAUGGCUUGGAUGGCCGGCGAAUUUGUCCCCUGCCGCGACACUUUUCGCACAGGUCUACAGCGAUGCCGGGUCUCCGGCCGCUCUGCGUGGUCUUGCUACCAAUGUUGCCAACUACAAUGGCUGGAGCGUCAGCUCGGCCCCGUCGUAUACGCAGGGCAACGCCAACUACGACGAAUCACACUAUGUUGCUGCCAUUGCUCCUCUCCUCUCUGCCGCCGGCUUCGAUGCUCACUUUAUCACCGACACUGGCCGCAGCGGCAAGCAGCCCACCGGUCAACUCGCCUGGGGAGACUGGUGCAACGUCAUCGGCACUGGCUUUGGUACUCGUCCCACUGCUAACACGGGAAGUGACCUCCUCGAUGCGUUCGUUUGGGUAAAGCCUGGCGGCGAGUGUGAUGGAACGAGCAACACCACCGCGACACGCUACGACUACCAUUGUGGUCUUGCAGAUGCUCUUCAACCGGCUCCCGAGGCAGGCACCUGGUUUGAAGCCUACUUUGAACAGCUAUUUACCAAUGCAAAUCCUGCCUUCACCUAA